CAUAACAAAAAUUAUUGAGCGUAAACAAUAGUAGUUAUAUUUCAGGAACAAAGAUAUUGAUAAUUAUUUUUUUAUUCACGUAGUUUUAUAUUUAUUAAUUAAUAUAUGUGAUUAUUACUGAUAAUUACUUGGACAACAAUAAGUUAAAUUUUAAAAUCAGUCGAAUAUUUUUUUAUUUUUAUUGGUUAUUUCAGUUCAUGUUCAAGGUCACAAGAUGAGUUCACGACUAGAUCAAAUUUUUAAAAACUCUGAAAUUUUAUCACUUUUUAAAGAUAUAAAUGAAGAAAACAGAAUUCAUACAAUAGUCGCUUUUUUUCUGUCGCAAAGUCCGCCAGUGAUAAAAGGCACCAAGAAAGAUGCAUCAAAGGCGCAGGAACAAAUAAAUUUAGCAAAUGAUUCAUUUAAAUCUGUACGAUCGCUGUACCUGGUGAGUAUGUACACAGAAGCGAUAAUGAAUGCGCCGAUAAAUUCACCAGAGCAAGCACGUGGUUUUGCAAAUCGUUCAGCGGCUUUGUGCAACGCGCGGCUGUUCGAAGACUCUCUGAAAGACAUAGAUCGUGUGCUGGCCAUCGGGUAUCCUGACAAUUUAAAAGCCGGUUUGUAUUUACGUCGUGCCAAGAACUUGCUGUCAUUGAACCAGGAAAUGCGCCCAGAAGUAAAAGAAGCGAUCGCCGAAGCUCGUCGGUUGAUGGACAAAGUUGACGUCUGCAGUGAGAAGAAGAUUGAUAUGGCGUUGAAAAAGUUACGGCAGAAAGAUUCCUUCAAUAAGUCGUAUACUAAGUGGGAUGCCCACAAAUUUUUGCCACCGGUGCCUAAUGACAAUCCGCAGAUAGCACGAGCGUCGGGCGGCAUCGCUAUGAAAUUUAACAAAGAGUUCGGACGUCAUGUCGUGGCUACACGUGACAUCAAAGCAGGGGAAACAUUGAUGGUAACAAGGUCGUACGUGUCUGCUAUAAAAAGAGAAAAGAUCAUCAAGUUCUGCUGGUACUGUUUGCAACGCACCUGGGCCAGCAUUCCCUGCAACGAGUGUGUCAAUGUAGUAUUUUGCAAUGAAGAAUGUCGUGAUAAAGCUUGGCAAGAGUUCCAUGACAUUGAAUGCCCUUUUUUGACUGCUGUCGGACUGGAAAAAAUUUUAUAUCAUGAUCUGCUGGGCAUCAAAAUGACGAUAAAAGCACUCAAAGAAGCCGGAUCGCUUGAAGAACUGAAAAAAAAAGUUGAGAUGUUAGAUGCAAUGCCAGAUAAAAUAAAUAAUUGCUGUUAUAAUAAUGUUUAUGAUGACACUCGUUAUGAAAGCGUUUGUACGAUGUAUCGAGAAGGCCGUAGUGAUCUAUCGGCAGUAAAAAAUCUAAUUAGAUCUGUUGAAUUAUUAUAUUAUUUAGUAAAAUCAACAAAAAUGUUUGGAGAUAAAAUUUCAGAUCUAUCAGAGACUAGAAGUAAUAAAUGGAUUAGUUUUAUGGUUGAAUUAAUUUUCAGGCAUCAAGAGAUUUCGCAAAUGAACGCUACUGAGUUGAGAAUCAGAAGAGCCGCUGACGAUGCACCGAUACGCUCUUAUAUUCUGAUACCUUUGUACGGUUUUUUAAAUCACAGUUGCGAUCCAAAUAUUCACAAACUAACUUCCGGUGACAUGAAUGCGCUCUUUGCUGUGCGAUUUAUUAAAAAAGGAGAGCAAAUUUUCAUGAAUUACGGGGCUAGGUUUCAAAUGAUGGACAAAAGAUCUCGAAUGAUUUAUUUGGAGGGUCAUAGAUUCUUAUGUCGCUGCAUUCCUUGUUUGAAAAACUGGGGACCUAAUUCAUCAUUGCCUUCAUUCAUGGACCAAUCGCUGCCUGCUGAAGUGAAACAAGGGCUUAAGAUUAUUGAUAAAAAAGCAAAAAGAUAUCUAGCACAGCUUGAAAACGAAUCUACAGAUGUUUACCGCUACAAAACACCAGACAGUUAUUUUAGAGACUGUAUAAGUCAGCUAUCGAAAUUUUUAAAUGACUACGGAGAACUUGCUGAGUAUCCAUGUCAAGAAAUCGAAGAUUGCAAACGAGCGCUCAUUGUUUCCUACAAACAUAUCGAUGACCAUUACAUAUAAACUGUUAGAGAUCAUAAAAAUUUAAUACAUGCUAAUUUAUCUUGCCAAACAAAAGUUUAAGUUAUUUUUCUGUAAAACUUUAAAAUAAUAAAUAAAUA